AUGCAUUCUAGUGGCAAUGCUUUACAUGUUAAAGCAUCCAAGAUGUCCAAAAUUGGUAUGAAAAUGCCACCACUCGUUCGCUAUAAAUUCCCAAUUAUUGGCCAUACUUAUAGUUAUAUGUUUGAUAGUGCAGAAUUCUUUAAACAAUGUAGAAAAGAGUACGGUGAUAUCUUUAGUCUAUAUAUAUGGGGUCAAGUUAUGACGUUUGUUGGUAAAGAUCAUAUUCAUGAAGUAUUAUCAAGGGAUGAUGCAUUUGACUCUGUAGAAUUCUUUAGCAGGAAAAUUCUAAUAGAAAUAGGAGAUAUAAGAUAUAAUGCAUUUGCAACCAAAAAGUAUAUUACGAAUAAAUUAGAAUUAUACUCUGAACGUAUGCAAAAAAGUAUUCUUUCGGGUAUUCAAAGAUUUAUCGGUGAAUGUGAAGAACCAACGGUUCUAAAUAAUUUGUACUUUCUUUUAACUAAACUUAUCGCCGUUCCUACGGCAAAUAUUUUCAUUGGCGAAGAGGAAGCAAAGAGUGAUGAGGUUAUAACCACAUUUGCGAGAUUUACAUUUGAUAACUUAAUAUAUAUUGCAAUACCACCAAUUUUUGAUUUGAUUUAUCCCGGACUUCAAGAUUAUGUUAAUAAAUUAACAAUUAGAUUAGGAUUAUACAAUCCAGCUACGAAAAAUCUAAAUGUCUUAGUUAAACUUAUAAAAAAACAAAUCGGUAAACGAUUACAAGAGAAACAAGAAUAUGGUGAUUUAUGGAAACGUCCUAAUGACAUGCUUCAAGAUAUUAUUGAAGAAAAAGGUUUUGAUCUUAAUUACAUCAAUUACUCAGAAUUGGCUGAUAAGAUGGCUCUUUUUAUCUUAAUAUCGAUGAUUAACGCACCAAGAGCUUGUGCAAACGCUCUUAUCGACUUGGCAUCAAGAACUGAAUACAUGCAAGAAUUAUACGAAGAACAAUUAGAAGUAGUUAAGGAAGCCGAUAAGAAUGGCAUACUCCCACUUGGAGCUUUUAAUAAAAUGAAAAAAUUGGAUAGCUUUGUUAAAGAAUCAUUAAGAUUAACUGGAGAUGUGGUAGCAUUUCCACACAUUACAAUGAAAAAUUAUACAUUUUCAAAUGGGUUACAAGUACCUAGAAAUCAUAUAGUUGAUUUAUAUUAUGAUGAUAUUUAUCUUGAUGAAUCAUUACAGGGACAAAAUCCGAAUUCAUUUGAUCCAUUUAGACAUUUUAAUAAAAAUUCUCCGGCAGCAAAAGUUAGUAAAGAUUUUCUGGCAUUCGGAGGUAGUAAACAUGCAUGUCCUGGAAGAUUUUUGGCGGUAAAUGAAAUUAAAUUCUUUAUGCAUAAUGUGAUAUUAAAAUAUAAUGUCCGUACAAAAAGUGGUAAAAUUGAAGAAAAAUGGAAAUUGGGACCUUUAUCAUUCCCAAGUUUACGCGGA